CGUCUGCAAUGACGCCGGAAUAACAACACCAGGAAGCCUGCACGAGGGGAGCUAGAGUCCGGACUUUAGUAAACACAACUGAUCAGGAGCUGUAUACAUUAAAGAAGGACGAAAUGAUCAGAAACACUUUAUUUUAGUCUAAUAGUAAUCUGAUUUAUACGUUGCAGCUGUAUAGAGUGAGGUACGAAAUCCCCGGAUGAAAGAGUGCUAUCAGUGACGAUCGCAAACAAGUCAGACGUUCGUCGCGGGAUGGCCGGAGUGUUCGACAUAGACUUGGAGACUGAGGAUGUCAGUGAUGCAGAGGAUGAUGUUUGUGACGGCACCGUAACAGAACCGGACAAUGUCCAGAAAGAAGAGGUGGAGCUCACCAGCGAAUGUGUCAAUAGAGACAGCGAGAGAGUUGGGCCUGAUUUCUUUGAGCUUCUCACGGUGCUUGGAAAAGGAGCCUAUGGCAAGGUUUUUCAGGUGAGGAAAGUUCAAGGUGCCAUGUCGGGAAAAAUAUUCGCCAUGAAGGUUCUCAGAAAGGCCAAAAUUGUCUGCAAUGCUAAAGACACUGCCCAUACGCGAGCAGAGAGGGAGAUCCUCGAGACAGUUAGACAUCCUUUCAUAGUGGAUCUCCUCUACGCCUUUCAGACCGGUGGUAAACUCUACCUCAUCCUGGAGUAUUUAAGUGGAGGAGAGCUAUUCAUGCAGUUGGAAAAGGAAGGCAUAUUCAUGGAGGACACUGCUUGUUUCUAUCUAGGAGAGAUCAUCCUGGCUCUUGGUCACCUUCACUCCAAUGGAAUUAUUUACAGAGACCUCAAACCUGAGAACGUCAUGCUGAACCACCAAGGACACAUCAAGCUAACUGACUUUGGCCUCUGCAAGGAAUCAAUUCAUGAUGGAAGCGUCACACACACAUUCUGCGGCACCAUUGAGUACAUGGCCCCUGAAAUCCUUACAAGGUCAGGCCAUAACAGAGCAGUAGACUGGUGGAGCCUUGGGGCCCUGAUGUUUGAUAUGAUGACUGGAUCGCCCCCAUUCACGGCGGAAAACAGAAAAAAGACUAUUGAUAAGAUUUUGAAAUGUAAACUUAAUCUGCCUCCGUAUCUGACCAUCGAUGCCAAGGACCUCAUCAAGAAGCUUUUAAAGAAGAAUCCAGCUCAAAGACUUGGGUCCAGUAAAGCAGACUUUGCUGAUAUCAAAAGACAUCCAUUCUUCAAGCAAAUCAAGUGGGACGAGCUACUAAAUAUGAGAGUUGAGCCACCAUACAAGCCACAGCUGCAGUCCGACGAAGAUGUGAGCCAAUUUGAUACCAGGUUUACCAGACAGACACCGGUGGACAGUCCAGACGAUGCGUCACUUGGCCAAAGUGGAGAGCUCACCUUUGCUGGUUUCACUUAUGUGGCUCCUUCGGUCCUGGACAGCUUAAAAGAGGGUUUCUCCUUUGAACCCCGAAUGCGGCCUGUUCGCCGACACAACAGUAGCCCUCACACACCCAUCAGUCCACUGACAUUUUCCCCAGCUGGGCCCUUCAAGUCAAAUAUUGAUGGAGAGCCAGGACUUUUUUCUCCCACAUCUCUCGCAAUAGCUUCAUCUCCUGAGUCACUGGAGAAUGGAUCUGCCAGUCUGCCAAUCAAGACACCUGCCAGGAAUAAUAAAUUGAAGGGACAUCGCAGAUGAGGAGGGGCUGAAACGUGGGUGUGCCCUUUUCAGUUACUGUAUUUCAAAAGGGGUUUGGGUACGGAGUGAUGUUUUGGAUUGUUUUUUUUCCAACUUUCAUGGAUUGGCAGAUAAAAUUUGCCGUUAUUUUACACAUGCCAUAGUGAAUGUACUUUAAAUGCUUCUUCCUGAAUGCAUUCUAAAAAUGGAAACAAUCACAUUGAUGGUAGCAGAAGAAUGACGACCAUUAAACAUCUAGCAUGAGCUGAAAAGGUCGAAUUAUUUAUUUUGGUUAGUUUGACAGUAAUUAGCAAACCGAAGUGGUGUGUGAAGUUGUUUCCGGUGCAUACAUGCAAAACUUAGACAAUCACGUGUAAUAUCAAGUCAUUUUUUGACGGCAAAGUCUUAUUACUGGCACAUAACCCAGAAAAAAUGUCCAAAUUGCAUUGAUGGAUGCAUGAAUAUUUUGUUUAAUGCAACAGAAAUCUGAAAUCAAAAUGCAAGAAAAUAUAACAUCUUUACUUGAACCUGAACUGAUCCCUACUACGUGUUAUGACACGCCCGCAAUUAUGAAUGCAAGAAUUUAAUAUGAGAACAAUAAAAAGACAUACUCAAGAGACACAGUCACCAGCUGUGUAACCAGCAACUAGUUAGUGAUCUUCAAGCCAAGGUCUUUCUCAAACUGCACAUGACCAGGAUUUUUUUUUUUUAAUUUUCUGAAAUAAUGUGUUUGACAUAUUUGCUUCAGUGUUAUCUGGAUAUCUGGUGUUGAUUCUGUUCCCUUAUUUUUUAAUUUAUCUAAAUUAAGAUACUAUGCUUAUGUGAGAGUGUGGUGUGCAACUCUAGAAUAAUUGUGCACUGUACAAAA